AUAGCAGCAAGAAGAACAAGCACCAACCCUAAUAGAUUUAAUUUUCUAAAAACUUUUGAGAAACUUCAAACUUCCCUCAAACUGUUUUCUGCAGUAUAUGUGGUGGUGGCACUGAUCUUGGGUUCUGCCUACCAUGCUGUUGGAACUACGGAUGAUCCUCUUUUCCAAUGCUUACAAGACCCUGAUUAUGAUUACCUUCUGAAGAUAACGGAACAAGGUCUUCCUCCGACAAAGACCCCUCAACAUGUAAUAAUUGUUGGAGCAGGCGCUGCUGGACUCACUGCGGCUAAGUUUCUGGAGGAUGCAGGUCACAAGGUGACAAUUAUUGAGGCAAGUGGCCGUAUAGGUGGAAGAAUUCUAACACAUAGGGACAAAAGAGAGGGCUGGUUUGCAGAACUUGGUGCCAUGAGGAUCCCAAUUUUCCACAAGAUUCUCUUGAAUUUCGCAACCAAGCUGGGCCUGAAGUUUGGAAAUUUUCAGCAGGAAGACGAAAACACUUACUAUUAUAUAAACGGAUUUCGUUAUAAAACCUACACCGUGAGACAGAACCCAGACGUACUGAACUACCCCGUAUAUGACUGGGAAAAGGGGAAAAAUGCCAGUCAACUGUUCAACAUAGCACUGGGCAAGUUAAGAGAUGAUCUGCAAAAAAUGGGGUGUGAAAAAAUGUUGAACACGUAUGAUUCAUACUCAGUCAAGGAGUACUUAGUGAACGUGGGAAAUUUGAGUAGAGGAGCUUUGCGGAUGAUUGGUGAUGUCCUGAAUGAGAACAGUUUUUUCUACACAGCCCUCACUGAAAUGCUCUACAUCCAGUCUGAUGUAAAAGACGAUGAAACGUAUUUCGAAUUUACAGGUGGCUUUGAAACAUUCUCAGACACAUUCUACUCAGUGCUAAAUGCCACAGUCCUUCUGCACUCAAAAGUCCAGGCCAUCAGCCGAACGCAGGACAACGUGACAGUUUCAUACCAAGACUGGCGUAAUCGCGGCAGCAUGACCAACAUUACUGCCGAUUAUGUCUUGGUGACAGCCACAGCCAAAGCAACACUCCUCAUUGACUUUAACCCGCCUCUGUCUGCCGAAAAGAUGGAAGCGCUACGGUCGGUGCACUAUUCCAGCUCCACAAAAGUAGUGCUAGGUUUCAGCAAAAAGUUCUGGGAGAUUGAUGAUGGCAUCAAGGGAGGGAAAAGCAUCACAGAUCUGCCAUCCCGGUUCAUCCACUACCCCAGUCAUGAGUUCCCCGGGAUAUCAGGCGGGGCUGUGUUAGCUUCUUACACCUCCUCGGAUGAUGCUGCACUCCUACAGACUUUAGAAGAUGAGGAGUUGAAGGCUCUGGUCUUAAAUGACCUGGUGAAGAUCCAUGGAGAACACAUCCGCCAGCUCUGCACCGGCGGUUUUGUGAAAAAGUGGGGACUAGAUCCUUACAGCCACGGUGCCUUUGCUAUCUUCACUCCUUUUCAAAUGAGAGACUAUAAUGUGUCUAUAGUCCAGAAUGAGGGGAGGAUUCACUUUGCAGGAGAGCACACGGCCAGACCUCAUGGCUGGAUCGAGACUGCCAUGAAAUCUGCUCUGCGAGCGUCAGAUAAAAUAAAUAACGAUGUAAAGUAGGAAACAAAAAAUGAUGGUAUGUCUAAUAAUAGAUUGAAGACAUUUUUAAACCCUUAAAUUGCCUAAUUUCAAUUUGACCCCUUUUGUUCUCUAUAUUUCCUUCAAAAAUGACUUUAAACUCUAGAUAUCAUCACCCUGUCAACUUUUCAUCGUCAGAUUUGUUCCUUCCACUAGCCUACCAUGAAACCAUUUGCAAAAAGUAAAUUAUAUAAAAAAUCCCA